AUGCAGCGCUCCUCAAACGUUAAACAGGAAGUUAAGAAAUGCGUCGACCGUAGACAGACUCAACCAUCUAAAACCGCAGGGUCGUUAACGUACGUAACCGCUGCGUCGGUACCACCCCCGAAUGCCUGUAUCCUAUGUAAAGAUAAACAACACGGUAAUUUAUACAAUUGUGCGACCUUUCGUAAACAUUCACCCAGCGAACGUUAUAGAAUAGUAAGGACAAACAACUUAUGUCUGAAUUGUUUAAGAGAUAAGCAUUUAGUUGCAAAAUGCAAUUCUAGUUCCGCGUUUAACAAGUGCGCCAGAAAACAUCACACGUUGUUACAUUUCGAAAAUAGCAACAUAUCUGCGUCAAGUAAAGCAGACAAUGAAUUCACCCCUACUAAAGUCAACAAUUCUAGCGGUCGACCUGGUGAUGUCGCUCUGUGCUCAUUGACAAAUAUGGGAGCAAAGCCUCCUUCAACCGUUUUACUGGGUACAGCCCGUAUUGUAGUUAGGGAUUCGCGUGGAAACGAACAAAGCGUCCGUACACUGCUGGACAGCGGAGCCCAAAAUAGCUUUAUAACGCGACAAUGUUGUCAGCGCUUAGGAUUGUCAAUAUAUAGGGGACCUUCGUGUCCCGUAGUCAAGGGCAUCGGAGGUACUAGUAAAGUUACCCAGGGAUAUAUAAAUUUAAAAUUUUAUUCUCGGAUAGAUCCUAAUGUUAACUUUGAUAUAAAUGCACUAGUAGUAGAUAAAGUUACUGAACGUCUACCAACCGUUUCGGUUGACACCUCGGCAAUGAUUGAAUUUAAAAAUUUGACUCUGGCAGACGACACUUACGCCGUUCCUGGAAACAUAGACAUGCUCAUUGGACCAUCGCUUUUCUCUCAUCUUUUGUUAAACAAUAAGGUCAGGGGCAACUCCUCGCAUACCGCGCCUUACGCAUUGGAAACCGUCUUGGGCUAUGUCAUCGUUGGCUCCGCCCCACCCCCAUGGAUAGUAUCUCGGCAACCUCUUAUUGUUGUAUAG